AUGGAUAUCGAUCGAUUGCCACUUCCACGAGAAAAUAAAACUAUUUGGGCAUUAUUUCACGAGGAAUCACCGAGAAACACGCCGAUAUUUAUGCACGAGAAAGCGUUGAACUUGUUCAAUUUCUCCUCUACUUUUAACAAGAACAGUGAUGUUCCGAUCCCGUUGUACCAUUUGGAGAGUCUUGAUGCAGUCACGACUACAAGAUACUUCGUAAACACUUCAAUAAAAAACUCUAUUCUGAAUGAGAUUUCUCCCAUCGUAUUCUUUCAGUCUAACUGCUACACCUUCACUGGCCGUGAUGAGUACGUGACAACAUUAAUGAAGUACAUCAAAGUAGAUUCCUAUGGUCUUUGUUUGCACAACAAGGAUAUAGAUCUGCCCACGUUAUCAAAAAACCCGUUAGUUGAUGAUGAGCUGAUGAACGUUCUUGCGAAGUAUAAGUUUAUGAUAGCUAUAGAGAAUGCUGCGUGUAUUGAUUAUGUGACGGAGAAGUUUUGGCGCGCGAUAGAAUUGGGCGUCGUGCCUAUCUACUACGGCUCGCCGCUGAUCAGGGACUGGCUGCCGAAUAACAAGUCAGCCAUACUGCUGGAGGACUUCCCUACCCCGAAACUGCUCAGCCAAUACUUGCGCUACCUUUUGCAGAACAACUCAGCGUACGAAGAAUACCUCGAGCAUAAAACUUUAGGGAUAAUCUCGAACCGCAAACUGAGUGAUGAAAUAAGUGCCAGAGAAUAUGACAAAACUCUGCUAAUUACCUGA